UGAAAUCCCAACAUUGCCCUUUCCGUAAAUCAUAUAACUCCUCCGUUAGGGUUUACGUUUCUCCAGUUGCGACAGAAGCAGAAGAGGCGCCGCCCGUUCUCCAUCUACCACCUCCAAAAUGGCUAGAGGAUUGAAGAAACACUUGAAGAGGCUCAAUGCCCCAAAGCACUGGAUGUUGGAUAAACUGGGUGGUGCCUUUGCCCCCAAACCAUCAUCCGGUCCCCACAAAUCGAGGGAGUGCUUGCCUUUGAUUCUCAUCCUGCGAAACAGGUUGAAGUAUGCUUUGACCUAUCGUGAGGUUAUUGCCAUUCUGAUGCAACGCCAUAUCCUUGUUGAUGGGAAAGUAAGGACGGACAAGACCUACCCUACUGGAUUCAUGGAUGUUGUCUCUAUUCCCAAGACCAAUGAAAACUUCCGACUGCUUUAUGACACCAAGGGACGCUUCAGGCUCCACUCUAUCAGGGAUGAGGAAGCAAAGUUCAAGCUUUGCAAAGUCCGCAAUGUCCAGUUUGGCAAGAAAGGCAUUCCUUACAUCAACACUUAUGAUGGCAGGACCAUUCGUUACCCUGACCCUCUCAUCAAGGCCAACGACACAAUUAAACUCGACCUUGAGAGCAACAAGAUCACUGAUUUCAUCAAGUUUGAUGUAGGUAAUGUUGUUAUGGUGACUGGCGGUAGGAAUAGAGGGCGUGUUGGUAUUCUCAAGAACCGUGAGAAACAUAAGGGAAGCUUUGAGACCGUCCACAUCCAGGAUGCUACUGGGCAUGAGUUUGCCACUCGAUUGGGCAAUGUCUACACCAUUGGGAAAGGUAGCAAGCCGUGGGUAUCUCUACCAAAGGGUAAGGGUAUUAAGCUAUCUAUCAUUGAGGAGGCCAAGAAGAGGAUUAGUGCCCAAGCUGCCACAGCUUAGAGAGAUACUUAACUUCUUGAUUAUUGGAAUAGUUUUUAGUAAACUCUUGUAUUUUGUUGGUCGGCGCUUUUUUCUGGGGUUUAGACAUUCGUAUCGAGUUGGCUUGAAAAACAUAGUUUAAAUUAUUUAAGUUGGAUUUCUAAAUUUCGGAUCCAUUUUAUUUAUGAAAAGUAUCAAAUUUUGGUUUCUUGAUA